UAAAUAUGUUCGCAUAUCCCCGCUACUGCUACUGCUGCUCUUAAAGGAGACGCAUCCCAAAAGGGCCGAUACUCGGUUUAAGAAAUAUGAGGUUUGCUAUAGCUUUAAGAAGUAGAUAAUGUUGAAUGUUUGUACAAUUAAAUUAUCAUACAACGUUAACUUUGUUUUAUUAAUAAGCGAGUUAUUGAAAUGCUUGCGUAGUGACUUAACAUUACCUUUACUCUUGACCGAGCUAACAUAACUUGGUCCCAAAAGGGCCUUCAAUGUUACGUUGGUAUUAGCUAGCGUUACAUAUUCUAUGUUCAUAAUUGACGUUACGUCAACUAACGUUAAUUAUACAGGUCUGUAAGGGUCGUAACAGUUAAAAAUGGACUCGGAGGAAGACGAGGUUUCAGGUAUUCGUCCUAGGAUUGACAUAAUCGGAGACUCAACUGAGGCCGCCAAACCACCCUCGGUCUCGACUGAACCGCCAAGCGGGAGAAGAGGAAGUAAAAGGCUCGUGAAAACCACAGUGACCUCCCCCGACUCUGGUGACUCUGGGUCGGGUGUUAGAGUUUUGCGAGCCAGGCGAGUUGAAGCUGGCAGGACUAACGUUGAUAAAUCCAAGAAUGCCACUUACAGGCAAACAUCUAACGUUAAGAGCAUGCACCGUGGACGUGGGAGACCUCUGGGAUCACGCUCCAAAAACACACAAUCUGCGGCAAAGAAAUCCACAGCCAAAAAUGCAUCCAAACCGACUAGUGGAUCAAAGCUGUCCAAAGCUAGAGAAGGCAAAGGACGUCCUCCAACCCAAGCCUCUUGCACCACAACAGCAACAGCAUGCAAACCUGAAGCAGAGAUGGAGGCUGGAGAGGAAACAGGUUAUUUGAAAGCAAGCAAUGACAACGUUGCAGAUCCAGAUGCAGCUCUUGACGAGGACCCUCCAUUCAGAGAUGACCCAAAUGACCUCAUCUAUAAACCCGAGACAAAGACGGAAAAAUCAAGGCGGAAUACAACGUUAAAACAAAAGGAAGUCAAGAAAGAAGAGUCAGAAAAGGAUGAGGAAGAAGACAACAUUAAAAAGGAAGAAUCAACAGAGAUUGUUGUUCAGAGUGAAGAUGGAGUGGAUAAUAAUGCAGAGCCACCCAGGAAGAGAGGGAGACAACAAAAAGAUGACAAAGUCCCUCGGCUGCCAAAACAAAGGAAAAAGCCCCCAGUGCAGUACGUCCGCUGUGAAAUUGAGGGCUGUGGUACUGUCUUGGCCCAUCCACGUUACCUACAGCACCAUAUCAAAUACCAGCACUUGCUUAAAAAGAAGUAUGUGUGUGAUCACCCCUCGUGUGGGCGAUUGUUUCGUCUGCAGAAGCAGCUGUUGCGCCAUGCAAAACAUCAUACAGAUCAAAGGGACUACAUCUGUGAGUAUUGUGCUCGUGCUUUCAAGAGCUCCCAUAACCUGGCUGUGCAUAGAAUGAUUCACACAGGAGAAAAGCCAAUCCAGUGUGAGAUCUGCGGCUUCACCUGCCGUCAGAAGGCAUCCUUGAACUGGCACAUGAAGAAGCACGAUGCAGAAUCCUCCUACCAGUUCUCUUGCUCCAUUUGUGGUAAAAAGUUUGAGAAAAAGGACUCUGUUGUUGCACACAAGGCCAAGAGCCACCCUGAGGUGCUCAUAGCUGAAGCCCUGGCAGCUAAUGGGGGCUCAGUAAUAAGCAGUCCCACACUGAUCCCAGAGACUGUCCAAGUGCUCGCCCCAACUCCAGAGACGGUCUCAGAGCUCAACCAGCCCAAGCAACCCUCUGUCAGCCAGGAGAAUCAGGAAGUAGUGAAUAGUACGCUCACUCCACUACAGCAGGUGGUGCACCCGCUUGCACCACAGACUCGGAUAGAUGUAUCUCAGGGCCAGUUUCUCCAACUGCCCACGCACCAUGUGGUGCAGGUGGCACAUCAGCAGCAAGCCCCCACCUUGCUGCACCUCACGGCUGCUAGUCCUACUAACUUCUCCAGCAUCAGCCACCCCCAGCUCAUCCAGUUCUCCACCCUUCCGGCCAGCACCGUCGCGUCCAUGACUAUUGUAGACCCUCAGAGCACCCUCCUCACCCUGAGCUCCAGCUCCGUCACCACACUGGCCUCCACUGCCUCCCUGGCUUCCCAGCAGGCUAUGCAGUGGGGCAGGGAGACUGAUGAGGAUGAACAGUUACCAGGGGAGGGUGAGCUGUGGGACAGGGUGGUGGUGGGUGGCGGUCAUCAGGAUGUCGGGGAAAUGAUGUGGGAGGGUAAUGAGGAAAGGAGGAAGGAGGAUGAGGGGAUUGUAUGGGAGAGGGAAGGGGGGAGACAUAUUCUUUUACAUUGUGCUGAAGUUCAUGGAGACAGUUUAAUCUAAAUAAAAGACCACAACAUGAUCUUAACAUGAACCUUAUGCACAGGGAAGUUUUGAUUUAAGAAAAGAGCAACAGACUGAAGGACCUGUCAAAAGUUAAAGCCGUUAUUCUAAAUAUGUGAAAUUAUAGACUUUAUUUCCAUGGAGCGUAAUACAGUAGUUCUACAAAGUACAUAGCGACAGAGAGCUACUUGUAUCAGGGAGUAUGAUUUAUUAUAUUAUAGAUUGCAUACACUUCGUUUGCCACUUGCUGAAUAUUUUUAUUUUGUGACUUGUAUUUGUUUAUAUGUUUGUAUGUUAACAUUUUCUUUUAGAUUAAAAAGACUGCAAGUUGAUAGUACAAAUUGUACAUGGAAGUAACACUUGACCCAUCCUUAGUAAUUAAAGAGCAGUGGGCUGCAGUGAAGUGCCCCAGGAGCAACUGGGGGUUCAGUGUCUUGCUCAAGGACACUUCGACAUGCAACUGUGGGGAGAGCGGGGAUCGAACCGGGUACCUUGUGGUUGCAGGACGACCACAAGGUACCCGUCUAGUCUGGGCCUUUCCACAAAUUAUUUUGACGGACAGAAAUCAUAGACAAAAUCUAUAAUGAUGAAGCAAGAUCUUUUCUUUCACAGCAGACAUUUUGACAUAUUAUAGUAGGAAAAGCACAAGUGCUACUAAUAUUAUUGAUGGCUCCGUUAUAUUUAAGUGUGCCGGUCGGUCACGACCGUGAGCCAGCAUCCUAUGCAACAUGUUAUUAUGUCUUUUGUGAAAAAGGCCCAUAACCUCAUUUUAUAAAAAAAAAAAA